UUUACUGCCAUCUAGCAACAAAUUUUGUCACCACGACAAACCACCUAGCAGACGUCCCUGCUGGACUGUCGCCAAGACCAAAGUUCACUCGUCUUUCAAAAUCAACACAAUGUUGGUUUAAUGUGAUUGUCAUUGUACUUACGUCGUAUGGGUAAAUUAAAUAAAUAUUUGCACGUUAAAUUGCUUGUACAGCCUAAUGAAAAGUCUUUGUGAUAAUCAAUAAUAACAUGGCUAGUAGCCAAACGAUUCGAGACUUUAUUCUAAUAAGCGAAUUCUGUGAAGUCGAAGGGCCUCGUUGUGUUUUGACUAUCCCAGCUGUUCUACCUCAUCUGAAUAACAAUGAGAAUUUCAAUCUGGAUGAAUUUCUUCUUUACAUAAUGACAACAGAUUAUCAGAAUUUUCCAGGUGAAAAGUUGGAUGAAAUAUCUGAUGUGCCUUGCAUUCGGACCAACAUCAUUCAGAAUUUCCAUGCCAUCCUUCAUUACUUUACUUUGAAGGAUUCUCAGGCAAGAGGAGGUGUGCGUCCUUCUUGCAUAGCUUACAUUACUCAAAAUCAGACAAAGCUCUAUCGUCUGAAAAAUGAAAUCCUCAAUGUUCUCAACAUGUCUGCCCAAAUAUUGAAAAAUGCAAACAUGAGGUGGAUAGGGAGCUUAGGACAGGAUGUUGGAGUUCAGGAGAACAACACUAUCACUAGUCUGCUUGACAAAUGGAAUCAUCUAACUCAGCCAGAACCUGAAUUAGGGGAUCAAGAAAAGAAGCUUAAGCCAUGGCAUUUGCUCUGUCCCAUAGGAAUCUCAAUUGUGAUAUCAGGUCUAAUAUUUGUGUAUAAAAUAACCUGUAGACCUCUGGAAGAUCAGAUCUUGGACCCAAAGGUGAUUUGUUCAACUUAUGAUGUGUUUACCAACGUAAACCCCGAUAAUGUUGAUUUUAAAGCUGUAAUGUCUCAAUUAAACAGUUUUAUAUUAUGAUCAGUUUGUAUCGAGAAUUCCAGAAAAUAAAUCAAGCAACACGGA